UCAGCAACAACUUGUGAGAGCAGAAUUUCAGAGAUGGAUAAUCAGAUAACGGAAGGGGAUCGAACUAUGAAAGAGCUUGCAGCACCAGAUGUGGCUUAUAAGUACUCAUGCAUCACUUAUCCAGACUUGGCAGGAGAUUUUGAACUUAGAUCAGGACUUAUUCAUCUGCUUCCCAAAUUUCAAGGGUUAUCAGGAGAGGAUCCCAACCGCCAUCUACAUGAAUUCCAUGUGGUUUGUUCUACCAUGAAACCACAGGGUAUUUCAGAAGAAGACAUUAAGUUGAGGGCCUUUCCAUUCUCUUUGACAGGAGCAGCAAAGGACUGGUUAUAUUGCCUUCCAGCUGGAUACAUUACUAGUUGGAUUGAUAUGAAGAAAGCAUUUUUGGAGAAAUUUUUCCCAGCUUCUAGGACUGUAACUAUCAGAAAGAGCAUUUGUGGUAUUCAGCAAGUAGUGGGAGAGACUCUUUAUGAUUAUUGGGAGAGAUUCAAGAAGCUGUGUUCGAGUUGUCCACAACAUCAAAUUAGUGAUCAGCUCCUUGUUCAAUAUUUUUAUGAGGGUUUACUUCCCAUGGAUAGGAGCAUGAUAGAUGCAGCAGCUGGAGGAGCCUUGGUGAAUAAGACUCCAAAUCAAGCAAGAGAGUUAAUUUCAAAUAUGGCAGAAAAUUCACAGCAAUUUGGGAGUAGAGCUCUUGGGACUAGAGUGGUUAAUGAAACUCAUUUGGUUUCGAAUGAGCAACAAGAAAUCAGAAACAAUUUGCAAGAAUUGACCUCUCUAGUGAAGCAAAUGGUGUUGCAAAAUUCGAGUCAUGUUUCAAAUUUUCCUUUAUCAAUGAUGAAGUUGUGUGGAAUUUGUUCAAGCCAAGAUCAUUCUUCGGAUCAUUGUCCUAAUUUAUAUCAAGAUGAAUCUGUUGCAGCCAUUUCAAGACCUCAAUUUCAGCAACACAAGUAUGAUCCCAACUCUUCAACAUAUAAUCCGGGAUGGAGGGAUCAUCCUAAUUUGAGGUAUGGGAACACAUUUUAUCAGCAGCCAACACAAAAUCAGAUUGGUCAGCCAUCAUUUCAACAUCAGCAGAAUCAACAUUAUUUCCAGAACCAUCCAGCAGUUCAUUCUCAGCAAAAUCAGCACUUCCAGCAGUCACAAUUUCAGCAAAACUUCAACCAAAAUCAGCAAUUUCAACCAUUUCAGAAUUUUCAGCAUUCGAAUGUUGCAUUUCAACCACAAUUUCAGAAUGCACAGAACCAGCAAAACCAUUAUCAGCAAAUUCAGCAACCUGUGCAGAAUUUCCAGCAGCCAAGCAGUUCGAAUCAGCAUCAAUUUCAGCUUGCACUUCCAUCUUCUACAAGUCCUAGAUCAAUGCAACCUCAGCAGAAUUCUAGUAGCUCAAAAAUUGAGGAUUUGAUGCAGCAAGUGCUUCAACAACAACAACAAAUGAUGCAACAGCAGCAACACCAGCAAAGAACUGAUACAACGCUGCAAAACAUUGAAAGACAGAUUGGGCAACUUGCUAGCAACAUCAAUCAAAUGCAGAACCAAGGAUCUGGGCAGUUACCUUCACAACCGACUCCAAAUCCUAAGGGAAAUGUGAGUGCAUUAACUCUUCGAAGUGGUAAAACAAUUUCAGAGCCAAAUCAGAAGUUAUCAGCUGGAACACAGCAGUGUUUUUCCAGACCAUUUGCAGAUUCAAACCUACAGAAUUCUCAGAUUUAUCCAGCAAAUUCAGAGUCAACAGAAUCUGAACAGAAUGACAUUUCUGGUACUGAUCAGCUACAUUCUACACAACCUGCAACUUCAGAAUCUACUCAAUUUGGUGGAGCAGAUUUUAGUUUGGAUUUUACCCCAACAGCAGCUUCAAAUUCAGCUCCAAAUUCAGCACAGAAUCUGGAAAAUUCUGCACAGAAUCUGGACAGCAAUAUUACCCAGCAAGGAGUUGAGCAUUCUAUUCCGUUACCUUUCCCUCAAAGAAGUGUACAACCAAGAAAAGAAAUGGAGGAAGAAAAGGCUAGAGAAUAUCAAGAAUUGGUGAAAUUGUUCAGCAAAGUUGAAGUGAAUGUGCCUUUGCUUACCAUGAUUAAGCAAAUUCCAAAAUAUGCCAAAUUCCUCAAGGAUCUUUGUGUGCACAAAAAGAAAUUAAAGGGGAAUGAAUUGAUAAGUAUGGGAAAGAAUGUUUCAGCAUUACUUCAGCCAGUUCCUCAGAAGUGUGAAGAUCCAGGAGUUUUCACCGUGCCUUGUGUUAUAGGAGAUUGUAUUUUUGAGGAUGCGAUGUUAGAUCUUGGAGCUUCUAUUAAUGUGAUGCCUAAGUCAGUUUUUCAGUCAUUAAGAAUUGGACCUUUGCAGCCUACAGGUGUAGUGAUUCAGUUGGCCAAUAGAAGUCAAGCACACCCAGCUGGAGUGAUAGAAGAUGUAUUGGUAAAAGUGAGGGAGUUAAUUUUUCCUGCAGAUUUUUACAUCUUAGAUAUGGAGGGUGAUGUGCUUGCAAAUAGGGCUCCGCUUAUUCUUGGACGUCCAUUCUUGAAGACUGCUAGAACGAAGAUUGAUGUGCAUGCUGGGACUCUUUCUAUGGAGAUAGGAGACACAGUGGUUAGAUUCAGCAUUUUUGAGGCUAUGAAGCAUCCUAGAGAGGAUCAUUCUAUACUUAGCGUGGAUAUCUCAGAGGAGCUGGAUGGCAUGGAGUUCUUGUCAGAUAUUGAUUCAGACUUAGAGAUUUCUGAUUUUGGUACAGUGAAUGAAUUUGUUGUAUUAUUGGAAGAUGUUUUAGAUGUGGAAUCUGAUGUCAAUUCAAGUGAAUGCGUAGGGGAUUGCUUGGGAGAAGCAUUACCCCUAGGAUCGCUCAGAGAGGAAGAGGUAUGUGUAGGGGAUUGCUCAGCAGCAUUACCCCUAGGAUCACCUAUUAUGGAGCAGACACAAGAGGAGUUGAAACCAUUGCCCCAACAUCUGAAAUAUGCAUAUUUGGGAGAAAAUCAGCAGCUACCUGUCAUCAUAGCUCAGAAUUUGGAACCAGAUCAGGAGGAGAGAUUAUUAGAGAUUCUGAGACAGCAUAGGAAGGCCAUUGGAUGGACUUUGGCGGACAUUCCUGGGAUUAGUCCUUCCAUUUGUAUGCAUAGGAUCUAUUUGGAGGAGGAUGUGAAGCCAGUGAGACAGCCACAAAGACGACUGAACCCUUUGAUCUUGGAUGUGGUAAAGAAGGAGGUGACUAGACUCUUACAGGCAGGCAUUAUUUAUCCGAUUUCUGACAGCAAAUGGGUAAGUCCCAUCCACGUGGUUCCAAAGAAGUCAGGGGUGACAGUGGUAGCUAAUGAAGAGAACGAACUGGUGCCCACGAGAGUGAAGAAUUCCUGGAGGGUAUAUGUGGAUUACAGGAAGCUGAACCAAGCAAGCAGAAAGGAUCAUUAUCCACUACCUUUUAUUGAUCAGAUGUUGGAGAGGCUGGCAGAUUUGCAUCGACCCAGAGGACCAGGAGAAGACUACCUUCACCUGCCCUUUUGGGACAUUCGCAUAUCGUAG